AUGCCGGCCGACGCUACUUUCCCAAUCUCUAAACGGGCCGUUGUCUGGGUCGGGGCACGAAAGUUGGAAAUUCAGCAGAAGCCCGUCAGAAUUCCCGGCGACGAUGAACUGUUGGUCAAAAUAAUGGCCACGGGCAUCUGUGGCUCUGACUGUCACAAUUGGGAGAGCGACAAGGUGUCUCGUCAACUGAUUUUGGGUCAUGAAUCUUCGGGUGUCAUCGAGAGGAUUGGCAAGAGUGUCCAGGAUCGAAAGGUGGGCGAUAGGGUGGCUGUGGAGCCAGGCUUUCCCUGUUUACAGUGCGAAUUCUGCCUUCGAGGGUCAUUCAACAUCUGCGCCGAAUUGAAAUACUGCGGUCUUGAUCCUACGGACGGAACGUUGUGCCAGUAUUUCGUUUGCCUGGCGUCCAUGACGGUCCCAAUACCGGAAAAUGUCUCCUGGCAAGAAGCCGGCGGGAUUCAGCCUCUCGCUGUCGCCGUGCAGCUGGCACGUAGAGCUGGUCUGAAGACUGGUCAGACUAUGGCUAUAUUCGGUUGCGGACCUCUCGGUCUGCUCGUCCUCGCUGUUGCUCGAGCAUAUGGGGUCCAAAAGAUUGUCAUGUUCAAUAUCGAGGAGACCCGUGCCAAGUUUGCCGAGUCGUACGGUGCCGACAAGGGGAUUGUGGUGUCGAGGAACACAAACCCGGACAAGGAUCCUCUGGCGUUUGCGCAGGAGUAUGCCAGCCGGAUCAUUCUCGAACAAGGAAUCGGACACGGCUGCGAUGUUGUUGUGGAGGCGAGUGGGGCAGCUGUCUGCGUGCUUAUGGGCAUCUGUAUGCUCAAGGCUGGAGGCACUUUGAUUCAGGCCGGACUCGGAAAGCCAUUGGUUUCUGUACCAUUGUUUACCGUGACGGCCAAAGAACUCAGCAUCAAAGCCUCUGAAGCUUUUGAGGCACAGCAUGCACGAUCGAAUAUUAAGAUCAUUAUACUGAACCAGGAUUAA